AUGGGGACCCCCAGCACACAUGGGGGUCUGAGCUGCCGUGUGCCCGUGAGUGUCCCACGGGAAGGAGGAGCCGAGGGCAGCCCUGACCGCAGGCUCUCSGGAGCGGGCAGCGGGCCAGCCAGCUCUGGCACCCGGCCCGGAAAUGUGUCCUGCCCCUUCACUGUGACUCUGCAAAACGGUGGCGCGGCGGUGACGAUGACGAUGGCUGGGCCGGGAGGAAGCAGAGGGGCCCGGCUGGGCACUACACUACUCCGGGCAGAGCGGAGAGCUUGGCUGAGCGGGACAGGGGAAGGCCAAGGCCGGCCGGCAGCCGCAGCCAUGGCUGAGACCGAGGACAGGAGCAUCCACACACAGCACAUCUCGGCCGUGCACAACGUGCCCAUGCGUGUCCUCAUCCGCCCCAUCCCGGCUCAGCUGGAGCCGGGGAAGGUGCAGAGCCUGAUGGAGACCCUGCAGGAGGAUCCCGAGCGGGUGCCCCCCAUCGAUGUGCUCUGGAUCAAAGGCAGUGAGGGCGGCGAUUACUUCUACUCGUUUGGAGGCUGCCACCGCUUCGCUGCCCACCAGGCACUCCACCGGGAGACCAUACCCGCCAAGAUCAUCCCCUCCACCCUCAGCGACCUCCGCACCUACCUGGGCUCCUCCACGCCCCAACUGCGUUAGCCCAGCACCCCGAGGAUGUCCCGCAGCCCCCUCUGUCCCGGUUGGUUCUGACCCGUGAGCCCCCGGUGAGGAUGUGGUCGGUCACCAUGCAGCCUUGGGGAGUCCCCGCGGUCCCUUCAGCUGGGAUGAAGUCAGGGAUCCCCAGAUUUGGAGGGUCCCGGGAUCCCCGCAGCCGGGACGGGUCUCGCCGGUACCGGGAGGCGCUCGGCGGGGCCGGCAGGUGGCGCUAUUGUGCCGCGCUGCGCCGCCCGGAGCGACCGCGGGGACCGGGACGGGACGGGAGGAACCGGGACAGGAGGAACCGGGACGGGAGGAACCGGGACGGAAUGAACCGGGACGGGAUGAAUCGGGACGGGAGGAACCGGUUGGGAUGGGAUGAACCUGGACGGGAUGAACCGGGACAGGAGGAACCGGGACGGGAGGAACCGGUUGGGGUGGGAUGAACCGGGGCACGGCUCAACCGGGAAUAGCUGAACCGAGAUGGAACGGGCUGAACCGGGGCACGGCUCAAGCGGGAACGGCUGAAYCGGAGCACACUGGAACUGGGACGAGUCACAGCCCAUUCGGGACACGGCUGAACCGGGAAGGGACACGGACGAACCGGGACACAGCAGAAUCAGGACACAGCCAUACCGGGAGGUGGCACGGCCGAGCCGGCAUGGCYGGUCCCCAGCCCUUCCUCAGCACUCUGGGCUCACCCUGUACCCCGAUAGGAGGGGACCCUGGACUGCGCCUGCCCCAAAAACUUCUGCCCCAUCACUGGACUCAUCCCGUGGUCCCCAUCUCUGCRGGGGACAACUCCAAAAUCCUGUGGUGGGGACACCUGCUGCAGCACCUGGAAUAAAGGUGAUCRAAACCCCUGCA